ACCAACAAAAUCCAGUCAAUUAUAAUGAUAAAAUAUUCGUCGCAAUUGAAAUUAACGCCCUGUUAUUAUCGCAACAGAAACAAAAUUUACUACAUUCGUCGUAAUCAAUUAAGUGAAGGAUUUUUUAUUUAUCUGCAACAUGAUUCUAUUCAUUGUGUACAGUAGUAAUCAAGUUUGCUCAAUUAAAUACAGUUCCAUAGGGGACUGGAAUAAAUACCAACAACACCAACUAAACCAUCAUAAUCACAAUCAUGAGACAAAUAACACUAAUAAUAAUCAUCAUGGUUCUGAUCAAUCUCAUCAUUUUAAUCAUCAUUCAGCUCUGAGGAAGCAACUUCCUGUUGAUGUUACAACAGCAGCUUCAUCCAUACACCAUGGAUCAACAACUAAUGGAGGAGAGAGGAAGCCAGAAACCUAUGAAUUGUCACAAGAGAUUAUGGAUAAACGAUUAGAGAUAAUUGUUCGUAAAUAUGGAAAAGGAUCGUUCAAAGCAGCUUCGGUGAUACAAAAAGCUUUCCGUAAUUAUCAGUUGAACAAAAGGUUUAAAAAUCUUGCUUUGAAUGCGCUACGAGUCAAUAAUCAAGAAAAGGAUCUCCAGAAACAGCAACAAUUGCGACAACAACAACAACAACAACAACAACAACAUAGUUUAACUGUGACCGGUGGGGGUAGUGCGACAAGCCUUGGUGGUUUAAUUGUAAAUGAUUUUGUUGAUGGGGAAUCUAGUCAAUCAUUUGAGCCUUUACAUCAAAAUCUUAAAUCAUCAUUUCAACAAAGUGAAUCAAAAUUAACUCGAACCAGUUCAUCAUCUUCUGCUCCUAAAGGUACAUUUAAUCAUCAUCAUCUAAAUCAGCAACAAACCCAUCAAGUCCAUCAACAACAGCAACAACAACACCAAAACCAAAACCAUCAGCAACAACAACAUCAACAGCAACAGCAAAACCAACAACAACAACAUCUUUAUCAUCAUCACCCAAAUUUUCAUCCAAAUGGUUUCUCCAAUAGUUUCAAUAAUAAUAUAAGUAAUAAUCUUGUUAAUUCUAAUUCAAUUAUACCUCGUUCACCUACAAUGCCUUCUCUUCAAUCAUCUCCAGUAGCUACAAGCGGAGGAGGAGGUGGUGCUGGAAGUACAGGUAAUAGUGGUCGUGUGGUGGUCAAGAAUAAAAUCUCUGCCAAUACUAAUCACCUUUCACAAGGACACCAACAAUUAUCAAGUCAACACAAUGCACACCCACAACCAUCACAACAGAAAAAACCACCUCAACCUCAACAACAUUAUCAACAACAGCAACAAAAUCCCGUUCAUGUUCAUCAUGUUGGUUCAAUGAAAACCUCAGUUUCAGCUAAAUUCUUUCCCCACCGGACACUACAUUAUGAUGUGAUUAGAGCUCGUGAAUAUCGUGUAGGUUUAAAUUUGUUUAAUAAAAAUCCACCAGAAAGAGGGAUUCAAUAUCUAUUUGACAAAGGUUUCAUCGACGACAUUGUUGAUGAAUCUAAAUUGGUCCAUUAUUCCGGUAAUCUGGACUGUGGACGAAAAGCCGUUCGAGUGGCUACAUUUCUAUUAACCAAAAAAGGAUUAUCCAAACAGAUGAUUGGAGAGUAUCUUGGAGAUUUACAAUCUCCAUUCAAUCAAUUAGUUUUAAAGUUUUUCGUUCGAGAGAUGGAUUUUACUGGAAUGUUAUUAGAUGUUGGGUUGAGAAAAUUUCAAACUUUCUUCCGAUUUCCAGGUGAAGCUCAGAAAAUCGAGAGAUUGGUUGAAACAUUUGCUGAACGUUACUGUGAAUGUAAUGAGGGUCUUGAACUAGAUCGAGGUGGUGAUUCGGAGGAAACACCUAUAAUUACCAAUAAGGAUGACGUAUUUAUCCUGUCAUUUGCAAUUAUUAUGCUUAAUACUGAUCUACAUGUUCCCAAUAAUAAACGCCGAAUGACAGUCGAUCAAUGGAUUAAAAACCUUCGAGGUGUAGUCAAGUCCAAUUUAACGGAAGACUUUCUAAUAGGAAUCUAUGAGCGGAUCAAACAAGCGGAAAUGAAAACAGGUCAUGAUCAUUGUUUACAAGUGCUUAAAGUUCAAGCUUCUUUGGUAGCCUCAUCUCGAAAUGUUACAGUUCCCAAUUUAAGUGCAAAUACUUAUAGACGGUUAAUAUGUUUCUGUCGACUUCAUGAGAUUGUUGAUCUAAAUAAGAAAGAGCGUCAAGGUCAACACCAAAGAGAAGUUUUCCUUUUCAAUGAUCUACUUUUAGUCACCAAAGUGUACAAGAAGGGAGGAGGAUCUGCUCCAAGAACAACCAAUAUCGCCGCUGCCGCCGCAGCAUCAGUGGCCUCGAAUCAUCUUGGUAAUGGUUCGGUCGCUUCACAAUUGUACAGUUACCGUCGAAGUAUCUUAUUAACAUCAGUGAAUGUUUCCCUUUUCUCAACACACUAUUAUCCGUAUGGAAUCAAAAUCUCUUCCAGAGUGGAUAAAGAUAAGACAAUGAUUCUUUUCAACGCUCGUAAUGACACUGAUCGGUUCAAAUUUUUCGAAGAUCUAAAAGAAAGUAUCGCAGAAAUGCACCAAAUGGAAAUGAUUAGAAUCCAAUCAACUAUGGGUAAUUCCAAUGGUUGUUCAGGGACAACAUCUCCUUCUAGUGGUUCCGGUGGUUCAGCCAAACGAUUAACAGUUAAUUCUGUCGGUACUGUUUCCAGUUCCUCACUUUCCACCGCUGGAAAUAGUAACACCUGAAAGCAACUUGUUCAACUGGAUCUUCGGGUUCAUCAUCUUCUUCCUCUUCAUCGUCUUCAUCUACUGUCACAACAAAUACAACGACAAUAAAUUCAUCUUCCACUGGUAAUCUUCCGAGUCUUAAUCAUUCAUCUUUAAUGGAUUUAACAACUUCUUCCAAUUCAUCGUCGCCAUCAUCUUCUUACUCUUCACCCAAAUCAGGCCUCUCAUCUUCUGGUAAACAUCAAGGUAUCAACAAAGUAUCUGUGUCAACCUCUUCCUUAGACUCUGCUCUUCCAAACUCAUCAUCUUCAUCCAAAUCAUCUCAUCAUCUUCCCCCUCUGCACAUCCAUCUUGUUUAAAAUGAUGAUCAACAAUUGACUCACUCACACACAGAGGAAGAGCAAAGGAAAUCUAUUUAAAUGCCUUAAUCAAUUCUAAAUCAACUCUCACACCAGAAAGAAAAGUUAAUAUAUAAAUAACUCCAUGUACAUGAUGAUUCAUAUUUAAUUACAACCAAAAAAGAGAUAAAAAGUGACAACAAUUAAUGACAAUUAAUACAAAGGAAACCUAUUAUAUAGAUAAUAUCGAAAGGAUAAUUUGUUGUUAACCAGCCUACACUCAACAACAACAAAAACAACAACAACAAUUAAAUCAACUCACCAAACUUGAAAAAAAGGAUAAAUGAGACAAACACCAAAGUUGAAUUGAUAUAAUAUUAUUAUUUCCAAUGAACCAACAAAAUCCAGUCAAUUAUAAUGAUAAAAUAUUCGUCGCAAUUGAAAUUAACGCCCUGUUAUUAUCGCAACAGAAACAAAGUUUACUACAUGCGUCGUAAUCAAUUAAGUGAAGGUCGGUAUUAGCAUCAACUUACUGUCAACAUUUCUCUCUCUCUCUCAAAAAUCAACCCAUUUUUCAGCUCAAAUGUCAAUUAUGAUGCUGAUGAUGUUAACCAAGUUACCAAAAAGCAACAAGUCAAUCUCCUCCUCUGGUCAAGAUUAAGCAAGAUUAAGGAUCAACAUGAUAUAUAUCAAGACGAAUUUAUAUUCAAGUUAAACCAGAAUUGAGAGAGAAACAUGAAAAUAGAGGAUAUGAUAUCAAUCUAAUUUUCUCAAAAUGGAUAACAUUUCCAAAGGAAAUUGUUUAAAUUAUCAUCAAUGGAAAUCAAAAUCAAUCUCCUUGUAUGAUAAUCAGCUGAUCGGAAAACCAAUUGAUCAAAACAAACAUUUGUUCUCCUUCCUCUUUCUCCAUCUCUUUUUCAACCUUAGUAUUUUUUUAUCAAUUAUCUUUUCCCUAUUAGUAGUGGAUUAUAAUCUAUGUAUGACAAUUAUCUUUUGAUUUAAUUGUGAUACUUUUCUGCUCAACCCAAACAACUGAAUUAAUUAUUUAUCAUUUGAAUAAUCUUGAUGAUUAUUGUUAAUGGUGAUCACUCAAAAAAAGAUAUUCAAUGAUGCUCAUCAUGAUGAAUUUAUAUCAUCAUGAUUACCCUGAUUUUCAUUAUUUUACCUUAUUUGUAUUUCCCUUUCUUUAUCUCUCUUUUCAUCCUUUGUUCAUCAUCUCAAUCAUCAUCAUCAUCAAAUUAAUUGCAUUAUCUGAUUUUCUCUCUCUCUCUCUCUCUCUUCCUCAUUCUUGCUCAUCACCGAAUAUUGUUAUUACCUUGACCUUGCCCUUUCUCUUUCUCUUUCUCUACUUUUGCCAUCUUCCAAUAUUUUUUUCGUCAUCAUCAUCAUCUUCAUCAUCGCAACCAACCACAACUUCAUCAACAACAACAACAUCUUGUCAUUUGUAUAGCAACAAAUAACCACAACAUGAAACAAGGAGGAGAAAGAAACAAAAUGUUUUUUUAAUUGUUUCUCGAGAGAAACUUAUUAUUAUUAUUAUUAUUAUUAUAUUAUAUCAAUUAAUUAUUACAAUUAGAGAAACAAUUAAUGCCAUUAUCAAUGGUGUGUCAAAGAAUCAACAAAAUACUCUAUAUAUUGUAAAGAAAGUAUAUAAAUAUAAAGAAAUUGGUUUUAAUACAAAACAACACAAUUAA